AUGCUCCGGCCCUACAUCUUUGCAGCUGCUCAGUAUGGCAUAGGGUUUGGACCAUGGAACCAGACCAAACUCCCGCUCUGCCAACCCGGCUGCACAAAGCACUCCGCCUCACCCGCCAACGGCCACGCGGUCACGUAUAAACGCUUCGGCUACGCUUGGCGCCGAUCGCCCCCCGACUUUAUCACCGGCAUCUACAUCCUCUUCUUCCGUCUACUAGAACGGCAUUCGGAUCGAGCUGGCACAAGGCAAGGGAACACUUCUUUCACUCACAACUCAAAGCAGCUUGGAGGUGUCUUUUCUGGAAAUGGUCUUCCCUUGUCAGAGAUGCAAGAUCUCGAGUGGCAGCGCGACACCAUGUGCCAAGAUCCCCACACCAGUCAAGGCCUCCCCGCUCUGGCGCUCCGUGGCAAGGUGCAAGGCUACUGGCGGGGCAAGUUCCUCUUCUACGAUUACGAGCUCUACAGAGAGAUGACGGAAGGCAACAUGCGCCGAGUCUACACAGGCAUGUUUGCAGAUCAGGCGGUAGAAAUGGAGUUGAAGGAGAUUGUGGUGAAGGUCAGGGAAGAGGAUGUUGGUGGAGACGGACCCAUGUUCGGUGCUGGAUUCAAGGAUCUAGAUAAUGUGGAUGAAGAAGUCAAGGCCGUAGAGGAGGGCUAUGGACAUGAGAUUGUUGGUGAUGAUGAGCCUGUGCCGGAAGGUUGGACGAAGGAGAUUUUACUUGCAGGCAGAGGACGGAAUGCUUGGGGAUGGUGUAGAAUACGAGGUCGCGUGAGGUCUUGGGAUGGUCUUGUGAUACUAUGUCUAACCUAUGCCCGAGUACCCGGUACAACCUGGUUAUGGCGUGGGUAUACUCUUUCAGGUGGCUAUCUCACCGGUCGAUGGCACGACACCUUUACCAACAGCACCGACUCCAAGAGCUACGAAGGCCCAUUCUCUUUUGUCCGUGCCGGAGACCCUUGCUAUCCCCCGCACUUUCCACAACGACUCCAGGAGUCGCUCGGGGUGGACACGUUUGGGGGCGGCAUGCCGAGCGCGCCGAUUCCGAUUGCAAUCCCGAGCGAGGGGCCGGGAGGAUCCAAGCCCUGGCAUGCUCAGUAUCCGCCUCAUCCGAAUAUGGACGUUGAGGCUGUACCCAAACGACGUGCGGUCGCGCAGGUGGAAGAUGAAGAUCGAGGAAAGGAAGAGACCACAUCGAUAAUAUCACCGGGAAAACCUGAGAAUCAGGACAACGAUACUCGUACCCCAUGUAACAUCCGGUGUAGUAGUAUCCGCGGAAGAUUCAUGGCGAGUCAAUAG